AUGAAAGCCGGUACGGAAGCCUUCUCGACAUUUCUUGCUAUCAACCCACAAGUAGCAAUGUCUCUGAACGUAAGAUCGACUUUGUUCUUCACUUCGACGUAUUCUAAAGGUUUAUCUUGGUACCGGCAGCAGAUGGCGUGCAAGACGAAAGAGCAGACGACAAUAGAAAAGGCGCCACAAUAUUUCCCGAACGCCUUGGCUCCACAACGUAUUUACAAAAUGAAUAAGCACAUCAAACUUAUACUCUUGGUUAGAAACCCCAUUGAUAGGGCCGUGUCCCAUUACUUGCAGGUGAAAAAUUCACAUCCAGAACAAGUAAAAGGGAAAUCAUUUGAAGACAUUGUAUUUACACGCAGUGGUGCUGUCGAUCCUAAUAAUAAGUAUAUAUAUUUAUCAAAAUAUAGCCUGAUACUCAAAAGAUGGCUGAAAUAUUUCAAAUUAUCCCAGAUAUUAAUACUAAAUGGUGACGAAUUCAAGGAACAUCAAAUAAACGUGCUAGCGAAAGCGGAAAGUUUUCUUGGAAUAAAACAUUACAUCACUGAAGAUAAAUUUAUACUGGAUAAAGAAAAGGGAUUUUAUUGUCUGAAUGUGGAAGGAUCACCUGCUUGCUUAGGUUCAGGAAAGGGGAGAGAACACCCAGCCUUAAGUAAAACACAUUACCAUAAGUUGAGAGCUUACUUUAGACCAUAUAAUGCAGAGUUAUCGCGGAUAGCGAGGCAAAAAUUUGAUUGGUAGUCCAUUUUAUGCAUGUUUUUUUUGUCAGAUUUGUAGCGUAGAUAUUAAAAUUAAAAUAAAAAUGAUUUAUGA